UUAAUCCACCUUGAGCAAAAAGAGAAGAAAAUAUUUUCAUUCCAACGUAAAAUUCUGUCUGUGUUGAUGAGUUUUGAGUGAAAGUUUAAUCCAGUUUCUCGCCAGUUUUCGUUUGUAGAAUAUCGCAUUCAGUUAAAUUUACUUAUCCACCCAAGGUUUUGGCUGGAUAGAAAGAAAGCUUUGCGUACUGCAACGCUGUGGCCACUGAUGCAGGUUCUUCUCGCUACAACAAAAAAUAUGAAGGCCACGACGACCAGUGCUGGACGGUGUACAAAGGAUGUAUGAUAAUUUAAUUUGCUUCUCGGUCGUGCUCGCUCGGAUGGAAGCACGGUAGAGCAGGGUAGGGUUUUGCGUGAUUUUGGUGGGUGCGCCAGCAGUGGCAGCAGCAGCAGCAGCAGCAGCAGACGCGAUGUCCCACAGUCCGCCCAACUACAUGGAUGGUGUUCCGGUGAAAAUAUCGGAACGGUUUAAACCGCCGCCGAAGAUAGUGCUGCCGCAGGGGGUUGUCAACCGUCUGAAUCAAUACGAUGUCGGGCAGGUGCUGCAUGACUCACGCUACGAGGGCGAACUGGAGGACACGGUACUUAAGCGUAUCGCGGAAUGCAAAGCGGUGCGGGAGCGCGAACGCUACGAGCGGAAGGGCCGCCUGCAGGCCAGGGAGCAGGAGCGGAUGCGUAUGAUCGAGGCGGAGCAGAAGCGAAAGCUCAAUCAAAUCUCGUACCCAAACACGGACGAGCUGUCCAGCGCGAGCGAUGAUAACGAUGCGGAUGGUGAGCGGCCCGCCCGAGCUGCCCGAAUGAUCGCGAACGGGUCCGACGAAGACGACUACGAGGAGGAGAACGAUGAAUCUGCCCCGUCCGGGUCGUCGGACGAGCGCACCACCACCGCUCAAGCGAAACCGUUCGACCAUAUGAGCCAGCUAAGCUCGAUACUGGUACCGACUGUGAUACGGGACACAGUACCCAGUGCUGUGGCCGCGCCCGCUGCUAACCCAAAUGUACUCGCGAAAGCCACCAGCACCACUAUCAUUCCAAAGACCGAAAUGGCCGCCUCGCCGAAUGCCACAUUUGGGAGCAACAACAACAACAAUAAUAAUAAUAACAAUAAUAAUUAUAAUAAAAUCAAUUACUCGGACUUUGAGAACGAUACCUCGAGCCCGUUCGACAACAUGGAGCUGCGUACGAUCAACGAUUUGGAUAUUUUGGCGCAAGUGCUGAAGCAAAACACUACGCUCACCAGCCCAGCGAGUGAAGCGGUUAGGCCGGACACGGGCGAAACCCCGAAAGAGCAGGUGGAAGAUACGAAUCGGCAACCGGUGGCCAAUGUGCAGUCACCGGCUUUACCAGCCACGGAACAGCGGCAGCUACCGCCACAACAACAAUCGCAUCCGCAACAACAGCAACAACCGGUAAUUCAAAAUCCAGCUCCAAUUGCGACCAAUCCGUAUGGUACGGCGUACGGCACGAAUCAACAGUAUUCGAUGUAUCCGGCCCAGUACCAGCAACCGCCAGGUGCCGCUCAAAAAUCGAUUGCCGCUGUGGCCGACUAUCUUCCUUCGCCCUACAGCACCACUUACCAGCAGGCGUACAGUAACUAUAGCAACCAAUACGAAACUACACCGCUGGCAGCUUCCGGCUACUCAGCGGCAAACACCGUCGAUACGAGUCGGUACGGAAUGUCGAACUAUGCGAGCCCAACAUACCAUCAUUCGGUUCCGGCCGUUAGCAGCAGUAGCAACCCGAGCGCUUACACACCAACCGUCACCAACUACACGUACGGAUAUCAGCAGCCGCACGCGUACGUCGUUACUGCACCGUCCACUUCCAUGGCGAGCGGCACCAGCGGUGGUGGUGGCACGUCGACCUAUGCGCCGAACUACGGUUACACCAGCACACCGGCGACGGGCACGACCGGUGGCUACUACGCGCACUAUCCUCACCAAUCAUCGGACGGUACGGCAGCUGCAGCAACAACAGCGUACUCUUCCAUCUAUACUACCGCUGUCACCGCCGGCAGCUUUGCAGCUGGUCCGGAUGCAGUGGCGGGCCUCAAAUCGAAGUCUAGAAGCGUCCCGGACAUUAUGCGGCAGCUGGAUGACGACGUGCAGGAUUCGGCGACGCGACGAACGCGGAACAAUAGUCAAACGAUUGCCGAUCGUCAGACUGCGCGCGAACAAGAUGCUGUAUCGAGCAAUGCCGGGGAGCGAAGCGGCGUGGACUACACUAUCUACAAUCAGCUAACGCAGCCGGAUCAGAACACAGUGAAGCGCAUCAGCUCCAUGGGCUUUCCACUCGAACGGGUAGUGUGGGUGCUAAAACGAAUUGGAAACGAUGAUAAGAAGAUAAUCGAACAUCUUAUACCGCUGAGUGAGUUGCUGGAUCUGGGGUUCGAGGGAGAGAAAAUCUCGGACGCACUGCUGAAGUUCGGCAACAAUAAGCAUAAAGCGCUUGAUUAUUUGAUUUCGUAGGAGUGUUUUUCCUGUGCCCGCGGGAUCGGCUUGUUGGUGAAAUGGGUGAAUCGGGUGAACUUUGCGGAGAGAAAACUUAAAGCCAAUAAAGUUGUGUCGAUUGUAAUGAA